GAAGAUACUUCCUCUGGUGGUAGACACUUGUCUUUCCAGAUGACCUCUGCCCACUGACAGUGAAGUCUCUUACCGGAGAGUUCUGUGGUCCGCUUGAAUUCUACAGAUUCCUAUUAUCUGCUGGAAAGAAUCCUCUACUUGCAAAGUGGUUCAGACUCCAGGAUGUCCUCCUACAGACGUCAAGAGAAGGGAGUGCUGAAAAGUCACGAUUGUGUCCUGAUUUACAAAUCUGAGACGGAGGGAGAUGAAAGCCCCACUCCUGACAGUAGUCUGAUCAGGCUCACCACCAGUAUGCUGAAGGUAAAGAGGCUGGAGGAAAUUAGCUCGUGCCACAGCAGCAACCCACUGGAGAAGGUGGCCUUUUUUCAGUGCAUGGAAGAAGUGGAGAAGGUGAAAUGCUUUCUGGAGGAAAAUUCAAGUAAUCUGGAUCUGCAGUCUGGAGACAAUGAGAGAACCGUCACGAGUCCCAAACUCAGGGGUCCAGCUACUGACAUGGUGUUGUAUUCUAAUGAGAUUUGUCGGGAAUAAAUGGAAGGCUGGCAAGUCAAGAGGCACAGCUCUUAAUCCGGUCAAUAAAGUAUCAAAUCUCUGCCUUCCCUCAUGUUCUGUGAAGCCUGUUCUAUCUGGUUCUCACAAGUCAAAUGAUAGAGUCCCACUGCACAGCAUUUACUUCACACUUUCGAUUGUAUAAAGGCACAUUCUCGUUAUUAAA